AUCAAGAUUCGCGCUCGGCCUCGGGCACGGCCAUGGCGGAGGUGAAGCUCUUCGGGGUGAGGAUAUGGGGCGAGGGAGGGGGAGGGGGAGGGGAGGAGGACGAGGACGAGGUGAUGCGGAAGAGCGCGAGCAUGGGGAAUCUCGCGUCCUGCGCCGGCGCCGGCGCCGGCGCCGCAGCCGGCGCCGCAGCCCCCGCCGUCGAUCACGCCGCCGACGGCCUUGAUCAUCUCGGCUACCACUCCGACUGCGGCAUCGUCGACGCCUCGCCGCUGCGGCAGAGGCGGAGGCGGCGGAGCCACGAGAGGAAGAGAGGGGUUCCAUGGACAGAGGAAGAACAUAGAACAUUCUUGGCCGGGCUGGAGAAGCUGGGCAAGGGCGACUGGAGAGGGAUCUCGAGGAACUUCGUGACCACACGAACUCCGACGCAGGUGGCCAGCCACGCCCAGAAGUACUUCCUCAGGCAAAACAACCCUAGCAAGAAGAAUCGCCGGUCUAGCCUCUUCGAUGUCGUGAUUCACGAUCAAUCUGUCAACUCUGAAACUCCACCAAUUUCUCCGAAGGAAGAGAUCAGCCAUCUUGACCUGGAACAGAACUCGAUCGUGGGAUCAACUCUCGUCGCAUCGACCCAGAUUGCAUCUCCAAGUCUAGAAACCUCCACAAUCUCGCCUCUAAUGACGAAGCUCACGUUGGACUUGUCUGCUGGCACGAAAGAUCAAGCCAUACCGAAGAAGUCCCCUCGAGUCGGCAAAUUUUUGGAUCGGACGAUCACAAUGUUCGAGGCCAGCUCAUCUCCUGAUCUCCUCAAAUUAUCCUUAGAUCACACACAUUACCCAAAUAAUUCCUCUUCAGAGUCUCUAUCAAGUGAGGGAAGUGAUUUGGAGCUCACCAUCGCGCCGCCGCAGCCACACAACCUGGCCAAACUGUCUAUAAGUGUGAUCUAAAUUCACCCAUUUAUAUCCAGUGCUGCUUCUUGCUAUGAGACAAGUCAUAUGUACCACUACUUUAUGGGUAAUGUUUCAGUUGAGAAUACAAGAGCUUCAUCCAAUCUAUAUGUGUGUAUGUA